GAAGACAGAGACCGCCUGCUUGAUCGCCGGCGUUCUGUGUCACUCCUGCCUGCGUCUUUCAUCCUUUUUUGUUCUCGGUUCAGGAGAAUGCAAAACUAAUCGUUAGACAAUCGAAAGUUGAGGAAUUGGAGAGAUUCGAUGAUGGAGUCCAACAAGCAGCAGCAGCAACAUCAAGAAAUAACGGAUCCUCUCUCCAUUUCUCAAUUGAAUAUAUCUUCUUCUUCUUCGCCAUUGCCACAUGUCAAUAUGGCGGAGGAACUUUUAAAGAGUCAUAGACAUUAUGUUUCUCCAAAUGACGACCUCCCCUCAAAAGAAACUUGGGGAGAGUCUCUUGACGUUGUAGAUGAUGACUAUGACACCAUCGAGGGCAAUGGACAUUCAGAUCCAACAAGCUUCGAUGCAGAUUUAUGCGAGUACAAAAAAAAGGCGACAAUAAUCGUCGAGGAAUACUUUAACACCAACGAUGUUGUAUCAGUUGCUAAUGAGUUAAAAGAGCUUGGCAUGGCUGAGUACCGUUACUAUUUCGUCAAGAAGCUAGUCUCCAUGGCUAUGGACAGGCAUGACAAGGAGAAAGAAAUGGCUGCGUUUCUCUUGUCUACGCUCUACGCUGAUGUCAUUGACCCUCAAGAAGUUUACAGAGGUUUCAACAAGCUGGUGACCUCUGCAGACGAUCUGUCAGUAGAUAUACCAGACGCUGUUGAUGUUCUUGCUGUCUUUGUGGCUCGUGCCAUCGUUGACGACAUCCUUCCACCUGCGUUUCUGAAGAAGCAGAUGAACCUGUUGCCUGAGGACUCUAAAGGUGUGGAGGUUUUGAACAAGGCUGAGAAGAGCUAUCUAGCGGCUCCGCUUCACGCGGAAGUCGUUGAGAAGAGAUGGGGAGGGGCUGAUAACUGGACAGCUGAGGAUGUGAAAGGGAGGAUUAACGAGUUGUUGAAAGAGUAUGUGAUGAGUGGAGACAAGAAGGAGGCUUUUAGAUGUAUUAAAGGAUUGAAAGUUCCUUUCUUCCAUCACGAGAUUGUUAAAAGAGCGCUGAUUAUGGCAAUGGAGAGGAAAAAAGCGCAAGAAAAGCUGUUGGAGUUGUUGAAAGAAGCAACUGAGGUUGGUCUUAUAAACUCCACUCAGGUGACUAAAGGGUUUAGCAGGAUCAUUGAGUUGAUUGAAGAUUUGUCUCUUGACAUACCAGAGGCACGUAGUGUGUUAAAGUCUUUCAUCUCAAAAGCUGCUUCUGAAGGAUGGUUAUGUGCUUCUUCUCUGAAAACGCUCUCUGUUGUUGAUUCAGGUGCAGAAAAGUUAGUUGAAAACUCCAAGGCUAGUGGUGAGUUUAAAGACAAGGUUAAGUCGAUAGUUCGAGAAUAUUUCAUGUCUGGUGACGCUUUAGAGGUUGUACAUUGUCUUGAAACCGAGCUGGGUUGUGGAUGUUCGAGUCAGCUACGUGCGAUGUUUGUAAAGUAUCUGAUAACUCUAGCAAUGGACAGAAAGAAAAGAGAGAAAGAGAUGGCUUGUGUACUUGUCUCGUCUCUUGGUUUCCCUGCCAAAGAUGUCAGAAAAGCAUUCUCCAUGCUGAUAGAGUCUGCAGACGACACUGCUUUAGACAACCCAGUGGUCGUUGAAGACCUCGCCAUGUUCUUAGCAAGAGCUGUGGUUGACGAGGUGUUAGCUCCACGUGACUUGGAAGAACUUUUGAGCCAGCCAGGCUCAAGCGUUGGGGAGAAAGUGAUACAGACAGCCAAGACAUUGCUGAAAGCACGUCUCUCCGGGGAAAGGAUCUUACGUUGCUGGGGAGGAGGAGGGGUGGAAACAAACUCGCCGGGGUGUACUGUGAGCGAAGUGAAGCAGAAGAUUCAAGUGCUUCUUGAAGAGUAUGUAUCUGGUGGAGACUUGGGAGAAGCUUGUAGGUGUGUGAAGGAGCUUGGGAUGCCGUUUUUCCACCACGAGGUUGUGAAGAAGUCGGUGGUGAGGAUCAUAGAGGAGCAAGAGAAGAAGGAGAGGGUGUGGAAGCUGUUGAAAGUGUGUUUUGAGUCGGGGCUAGUGACGAUUUAUCAGAUGACAAAAGGGUUUAAGAGAGUGGGUGAGUCUGUUGAGGAUCUGUGUUUAGAUGUCCCUGAUGCUUGGACCAAGUUUAAAAGUUGUGUGAAGAGAGCCAAGGUUGAAGGGUUCCUGGAUGAAUCAUUUGUUUUUGAGGAGGAAACACAAGUUGUGAAAGCCAAUGGCUCGUCUUCGUCUGUAGCAACAUGAAGCAGCGAAAAAAUUACUUUCUCCUGAUUUUUUUUUAACUUCUUUUCCUUAUAUACUACUAAAAGUUUUAGUACUUUGAUGAUGAUCUUACAGAAAACGUCUCAUCUUAGUGACGUUUUGUUAUAACUUAUCUACUCUUUUUUUUUUUUAAAUUCCUCUUCUGUUAAGACUAUGACCUGUUUUUCUUUUGUUUCUUUGUGAGUUCUCUAUCAUCUUAGUUUUUGUUUUUUUGUAAUAUUCUUUUAACCUUGUGUAAACCUGAAUUCUGAAACAGACUUAAUACUCCACAAAAGAACACCAAUA